GAAAAGAAUUGGCGGGGAGGUUACUGCCAACAUCAGACGGUCUUGUUCCCCACUUGGCAUCGAGCAUACCUCCUUCGGCUCGAAGACGCCAUGCGUCGGGCUGUUCCCGAUGCUCCAAGCCUAGCCCUGCCAUUCUUGGAUGAGUGCCGGCCCUUCGACCAGAAUACUCCCCUCCCUUGGAUCUUAACCACUCCGACCUUCGACCUUGAUGGAGAUAAUACGAACCCACUCUACUCCUACAAAUUCCAGAAGGGAGUUGCAGACAACCACGAGAAGCCAUCAGAUGCUCAGCGUUACAGCAAAUCAACGGGAUCACAGACGGCUCGUUACCCGCUUGCGGGCGUCACCGACUUGAAAGGAGAGGACCCCGCUUCGCAAGCCAGCAUUCUCAAUGGCAAUAUUGCAGCCUGGCUCAACGGAAAGAUCCAAAUUGAUGGCAAGGCGUCACCAGCGUCAAUUCCGGACACUGUCUCCAUCAUUUCGAGAUACAAGGCCAGCCUUGAUGCCCCCAACUACACGCUGUUCUCGAACAAAGCUUCCAGGGGCGAGUGGCUUGAUAACACGAGAGGCUCACUGGAGAGCAAGUUCCAUACUUCUCUUGAAGAUCCACACAAUGCUGUUCAUCUUGCUAUCGGAGGCUUCUACCAAGAUGGGGAAGAAAACGCCAAACCUGUUGAGGGUGCCCAUGGUGACAUGGGAGAGAACGAAACCGCUAGCUUCGACCCCAUCUUCUUCCUUCACCAUGCCUUCAUUGACUAUGUCUUCUGGACCUGGCAGGUCAAGCACGGUCUUACUCAGCCGGGUAGCCUGUCAGUGGAACCCGACAUCACGGCGGGAACACUCAGCGCAGGAAGUCCCAUUCUUCCUCCGGGAAGCAAGCUGGAGAUGAGCAGUCCUCUUGCCCCUUUCUUGAAGUCCGGCAGUAUCAGCAACCCUGUGUUCUACACUUCCGACGACAUCACCGAUAUCAAUCAGUUGGGAUACAUGUACGGCGAAGGCUCCCUUGACCUUCCGACCAGUGGACCCGUCCUGGGUGACCCUGAGCUUCCACUCGUCGCUAUCGCCCGCGUCAGUGGCAUCAGCACCAUGGACCAUGAGGGAUCAUUCGUCAUCCGUACCUCUGCCAAGCUUGCCGAUGGCAGAGAGGUUGAGAUUGAUCGCGACGCAAUCCUCAGUCGAUGGGUUCUCGCUAAUUGCAAGAAUUGCCAGAAGAACAAGCUUGACACGUAUACUUACAUCCCCUUUGGAGAGGAUCUGAUGAGAGCAAUUGGAGCAGAGAGUAAGGAGGACAUUCACAGCAAGCUAACCGUCUCUGUCCAGACGCGCGGACAGAUUGCACCAGUCAAAGACUCAUUCGGUGCUGUGCAGCCAUUGAUCGAGAUCUUUUAA